CUACCACAUUUCUACACACUCGCACCUAAAACCCUCUUUACUGGGUUGCGAUUUCCGUUGGCUUUCCGAUCAUUCGCCCUUGGAAAAUACUUCCCAUUUCCGGCGCAACUCCUGGAUUCCGUCUCGUUUUCCGGCGACUGGCGGUGAGUUUGCAGCUGCUGCAGUUUUCCCGGCAAGCGCUGCCGCUUCCACAGCUGCUCUCGUUUUUCGACGAAGGCGAUCGGCCGGUAAAUCGACGGUGAUUGUCUUUCCGAAGAUCGUUUUCCUGCUAGUGCUGGCGAUUCUCGAAGGCAGAAUCGCGUGCUUGGAACAAAAAUCCAGGAGAGGGGCUGCAGCACUGAGAUGAAUUCAAAAAGGGGUGGUGGCAAGGCCUCCUUGGCUGCUGCUGCUAGUUCAUCACCCAAGGGGAAAAGCAUCAGUCUUCAGCAUGGCCAUUCUUCUGGAGGCUCUGGCUUUGCCAGCAACAUCCCCAAGAUUGAUCAGUCGAGUCAGGAUAUGGCAGAUCCGAGCAUGGAUUCUGCUCAGGAUGGUGAAUGGGAAGUCUAUGGGAAGAAAUCACGGAACCGAACUGGUAAUGGUGCUGCGAAACCACGGGGUCCCUCAAAUGCUCCCCCUAAAGCUUGGGGUCAUCAGGAAAUGUCGCAGAAGAAGAUCGUGCCUGGGAAUGGAGGGACAGGGAAGGUUCUUGGAAAUAAUUGGCAGACAGAAGCAGUUGACUCCAAGAGACAGGCUGGUAGAGGAAACACACAGCCUCAAUCAUCUUCUAGGGGUUGGGAAGCUGCCUACACAGCAUCACAACAACCCACCAUCGCUCCUCCUCUGCCAAAUGGAUGGCAGUGGCCUGCCAGAGCUGGUUCUUCCAAUCGAUCUCAAACUAAGACUUUAGAAGAUGUGCAAACCAAAAAUGACAUUAUUUCGAAACCGCUUCCUCAUGGAGUAGAAGACACUGGGUCUGAGGUGGGACAUGCUGAUGAUGGUUCUGAUGAUGAGCACCCGGUUGACAGUGAUGAGGAUUAUCUGACUGAUGAUUCCGAUUCUGAUGUGAGUCAAAAGAGCUUUGAGACUCGGAAGAAGAAUAGGUGGUUCAAAAAGUUUUUUGAAGAAUUGGAUAGUUUGACUGUUGAACAGUUAAAUGAGCCAUCAAGGCAGUGGCACUGCCCUGCAUGCCAUGAUGGCCCAGGUGCUAUUGACUGGUACCGUGGUCUGCAGCCUCUAUUGACACACGCAAAGACAAAAGGAUCCAAAAGAGUGAAGCUUCACCGUGAACUUGCUGAACUUUUGGAUGAGGAAUUGCAAAGGAGAGGGACUUCGAUAAUUCCGUCAGGUGAAGUAGCAUUUAGUAAAUGGAAGGGUCUACGUGAGACGACAACUGAUCAUGAGAUAGUUUGGCCUCCAAUGGUUAUUGUUAUGAAUACAAUACGUGAGAAAGAUGAAAAUGAUAAGUGGUUAGGCAUGGGAAAUCAAGAGCUUCUUGAUUGUUUUGGCAAAUAUGAUGCGGUGAAGGCGCGACACUCUUACGGCCCUCAGGGGCACCGUGGGAUGAGUGUCCUGAUAUUUGAGGGUUCAGCCAUGGGAUAUUUGGAGGCAGAACGUCUACACAAGCAUUUUGCAGAGCAAGGAACUGAUAGGGAAGCUUGGGACCGCCGCCGGGUGCUCUUCUGUCCAGGCGGCACGCGCCAAUUGUAUGGUUAUAUGGCAUCCAAAGAAGACAUGGAAAAUUUCAACCAGCACUCUCAAGGCAAAUCAAAACUUAAAUUUGAGAUGCGGUCAUAUCAAGAAAUGGUUGUCGGUCCAAUGAAGCAAAUGAGCGAGGACAAUCAGCAACUGAUCUGGUACAAGAACAAGGUAGCCAAACAACAGCUGCAUAAGAAGGCGCUCGAGGUAACAAUGGGAGAGAUGAGUAGGCAACUCCGCAUCGCCAGCGAGGAGAACAGGAUUGUGAGAGAGAGAACUAAAAGUCAACAUCAGGAGAACAAAGAAGAGAUGGAUUACAUGGAGCGAUUUUUCAAGGACCAAGUGGCUGUCAUUCAUGAAACUUUGGAAGCAAAAGAAACAGCUUUUGAGAAAUUGCUCCAGGAAGAACGUGACAGGGCAAAGCUAUCCAACAAUGAUUCUGGAAGCAAAGAGGAGAAGAAACUGAGGCGAGAAGAGAUUGCUAGAUUCAUCGACAGCCAGACGAAAGGAAUUGAAGAGUUUGAAGCCGAGAGGGAGAAACUGAUAAAGUCACACGAGGAUAAGAAGACUGAAUUGAAGCGGAAGCAUUUAGAAGAAGAAGUUGAGUUAGAGAAGGAAUUUGAUGCUGGAUUGACCCAACUUAUGGAGAAGUACUCGCCACACCCUUCCGAACCUACAGUCGGUUCUUGAAAGACGUAAAAAGUAAACAAGAAAAAUGACCCAAGGAGACUUUUUCAUUUCUUGGUUUUUCUCCCACGUAGGUUUUACUUCUCCUUUUAACAGCGAACCAAAACUGAAAACCGAACAUGCUUUCUGCUUUUACACUGAGAAAGUAGAGUUUGUUUUAAAAGCUAUAGAAAAUGAAAUACUGAGAUCGGCUGAAAAACAGUGUGAUCCGGCUUCGAGAGCA